AUGCAGACGGAAGCACUGCCAUCAGCGUCGGGGUCGGUGAACGGAACCGCUCAUCUGCCCCCCGUAGCAGUCCACAUCGAAGUGCGGUUACGACCAAGCUCGACAGCGGACGUUGCAGACGUUGCAACCGCAGCACGAGUCUUUCUCACGUCCAAUCGCACUACACUUCAGGCCGAAACAGAGGUCGUGGACUGGACGAGUUCGCGCUUCCUCACCGCCCACGUCGACAGGAUACGCAUCGCCGAAAUUGCUUCGAGAUCUUCCUCCAUUCCCAUCACUUCGGCCAAGCUCUCAGUCCACGUCUACCAGCCCCUAUCCGACGACUUUACAGAAGAAUUCUCUGCGGCAGAACCAGACGCCGACCAGGCCGAAGAGAGCAUUGCCGCCUCGGUCGCUGAGCUCCCCAAUCGCGCUCUCGACGGUGUAUGGGACAGCCUGGUCUACGAGGACGAUAUCAAAACCAAGCUCCUCAACUACAUCUACACCACGCUGCUGUUCAGCGAUGCGAAUGUGGACUUCAAUCUUGUCUCGUGGAAUCGCGUUGUGCUGCUUCACGGUCCGCCGGGGACUGGCAAGACGUCUUUGUGCAAGGCGCUAGCGCAGAAGCUGGCGAUCCGCCUCUCCGGUCGCUAUACGCACGGCAAGCUGGUGGAGAUCAACUCGCAUUCUCUUUUCUCCAAAUGGUUUUCCGAGAGUGGCAAGCUAGUCCAACGCCUGUUUAGUAUGAUCACCGAGCUGGUCGAGGACGAGGCGGCGUUUGUGGUGGUGCUCAUCGACGAGGUGGAAUCUCUCACUGCCGCGAGGAGCGCCGCGGCCUCCGGCACCGAACCCACCGACUCGAUCCGUGUCGUUAACGCGCUGUUGACGCAACUGGACAAGCUGAAGCACCGCAAAAACGUGCUGAUCAUGACGACGAGCAAUAUCACCGAGGCCAUCGAUGGCGCGUUUAUCGACCGAGCGGAUAUCAAGCAAUACGUUGGAUUGCCCCCGCCCAAGGCGAUCUACUGGAUCUUGGAGAGCUGUCUCAGGGAGCUGAUGCGUGUGGGGCUGGUCGCUCCGUUGCGAUUGCCGAGCUACCAAGUGGCGGCGUCAAAGGAGAGUCUUGAUAACGUGAUGACCCCUGAGGGCAGGGCUGGGAUACUUUUGGUCGAGAUUGCGAAUGGGUGUAGGGGUCUGUCGGGAAGGUCGUUGAGACGGCUGCCGGUGCUGGCGCACGCACACCAUAUUGGGAUGGCACAAGCGCCGAUUGAGUGCGAAGUGUGGAUGCAGGCCAUGAGAAAGGCGCUGAAGGAGACGCAGCCGGAGAAUGGCGAGACGGGGAUCUAA